UCACGCAUUUGCAUAAUUAUGAAUAGGAAAUCGAAACGAAGCAGCUGUAACAUUGUUAAACUCUAACUCAUUUUUUCGGUACAGUUUCCUGGAACCCAGAAGACAUUGUUUGCACAGCGUCGUUUGUUGGUACAACAACUCGUGACACUGGAGAAAGAUUAGUGACUGAUAAACUUCUGACAAACUUCUGAAAUGUAUCGACGUGAAUGAUUUUGUGCGGCUCGGCUAACGGAAACCGUUGAAGUGUGUGAGUAGGUUGCAGGUAAAGAGCUACAAUGUGACAUAGUUAAUGUAGGCUACAUUGUGUCCAUGGCGCGAAGAUAAGUAGGGUGCGUAAAAUGGAUUAGGAUUUAGUGCUACUGGGACAGAAUGAAGCGCUGGACACACUCUUUAAUUUGACCUUCAUUCUUUUUUUUUUUAUCUAGGUGUUAUUGGUAAUCCAUCAAGAUAGAUACUCUAAUCGGGUAAAUCCAGUUUUAACAUCACGUUUAUGGAGAAGUCAUAUUUCAAUAAACUUUGACCAAGGAAGCCAAUCGCUGGAUGACAGGAAAAGACCGUUGAAAUCUGACUUGGUUAGUCAAAUUUGGUCAACCCUGUUAAACAUUUUGAAAUAAAAAGUUGAUUCACGUAAAAUAGGGGAACUUUUACAUUGCGUAAAGUUAUUAUCAGAAGCCAGUUCAUGGUGAAUUUGGUGGAUCUGGUUUGGUGAUGCACCAUGAUGCUGCUGUAGCCCACGGGGUAUGAACAUAUCCCGUGAAGGGAGACACGAUGGCACUUUCCCGGCGAAGGAAUCGGUGGAAGUUGAUAGUUUGCCUUUUUGGGGCGUCUAUUGUGGGAUAUUUUAUUUUAAACAGGCAUAAUAAUCCCGGCGACAUAGCUGGAACAAGUCGAAGAGAGGUUCCCACUGAGCAAGAUAUUGCAAAUGAAAUGCUUAAAAAGCCUGUAUAUGACAAACCGCCGUUGGAUUUAAAUGCCUUGGGAGAAAUGGGCAGAGCUGUCAAAUUGAACCUCGUUGGAGAGGAGAAGAAAAAAGAAGAGGAAAGUAUUAAUAAACACCAGAUUAAUACUUAUGUGAGUGAUCUGGUGUCUCUCCACCGCAGUCUGCCUGAACGAUGGAAUCCUCUUUGUAAGGACCAGAAGUAUGACUAUAGGUCAUUGCCAUCCACUUCAGUGGUGAUCGCCUUCUACAACGAGGCGUGGUCCACGCUGCUGCGCACUGUCCACAGUGUCCUGGAGACCUCACCUGACGUACUGCUACGAGAGGUGGUGCUGGUGGACGACUAUAGUGACAGAGCUCAUUUGAAGGAGCCGUUAGAAAACUACAUCUCCAGCUUGAAGAAGGUGCAUCUGAUCCGUGCCAGGAAGAGGGAGGGCCUGGUGCGGGCCAGGCUCUUGGGGGCCUCCAUCGCCACGGGCGACGUGCUGACCUUUCUCGACUGCCACUGUGAAUGCCACAAGGGCUGGUUGGAGCCCCUGCUCGACAGGAUAAAGGAGGAGCCGUCUGCUGUGGUGUGUCCCGUCAUUGAUGUCAUCGACUGGAACACCUUCCAGUAUCUAGGCAACCCCGGGGAACCCCAGAUUGGAGGGUUUGAUUGGCGGCUGGUCUUCACCUGGCACUCGGUGCCAGAGUACGAGCAGAAACACAGGCGCUCUGCCAUUGAUGUCAUCAGGUCUGUGGUACCCUACAUUAGAAACAGGUGUUCUGCCAUUGAUGUCAUCAGGUCUGUGGUACCCUACAUUAGAAACAGGUGUUCUGCCAUUGAUGUCAUCAGGUCUGUGGUACCCUACAUUAGAAACAGGUGUUCUGCCAUUGAUGUCAUCAGGUCUGUGGUACCCUACAUUAGAAACAGGUGUUCUGCCAUUGAUGUCAUCAGGUCUGUGGUACCCUACAUUAGAAACAGGUGUUCUGCCAUUGAUGUCAUCAGGUCUGUGGUACCCUACAUUAGAAACAGGUGUUCUGCCAUUGAUGUCAUCAGGUCUCCUACUAUGGCUGGUGGGCUGUUUGCUGUCAGUAAGAACUAUUUCCAUUACCUGGGGACGUACGACACAGGCAUGGAGGUGUGGGGAGGAGAGAACCUAGAGUUCUCAUUCAGGAUCUGGCAGUGCGGGGGCAGCCUGGAGAUCCACCCCUGCUCCCACGUGGGCCACGUCUUCCCCAAGAAGGCCCCCUAUUCGCGGAGUAAGGCCCUGGCCAACAGCGUGCGUGCUGCCGAGGUCUGGAUGGACGACUACAAGGAGUUGUACUACCACCGUAACCCCCACGCUCGCCUGGAAGCCUUUGGGGACGUGACAGACAGGAGGAGGCUCAGGACCCAGCUGGGAUGUAAGGACUUCAAGUGGUACCUGGAGAACAUCUAUCCUGAUAUCCACGUCCCUGAGGACAGGCCUGGGAUGUUUGGAAUGCUGAAGAACAGAGGCAUGUCCAGCUACUGCUUUGACUACAACCCUCCUGACGACCAUAACCUGGUGGGCCACCGGAUCAUCCUCUACCCCUGUCAUGGCAUGGGACAAAACCAGUUCUUUGAGUACUCCAAUGAGAGUAGGGAGAUCCGCUAUAACACCAGGGAGCCAGCAGGGUGUGCUGUGGGGGAUGCUGUCUCCAACUACCUGACCGUGCAGCUGUGCAGGAAACCCCGGCAGACUGUACCACAGGACCAGAAGUUUGUCCUCAGAGAGGACGACACCCUCUACCAUGUGAUGACGCAGCAGUGUGUCCAGGCCGUAGACAAGACUGACAACGACACCCCUGCCCCUGCCCUGCGGCCCUGCUCAGACCACGCCAACCAGAAGUGGUUUUUUGAGGAGAGGGGGGUGUAGUGGAGAGGCGAACCGUUCUCACCUCCUGUAUCUAUGCACAACCGUGUGCUUGCUGGACAACGUUGACGUUUUCGCACAUUUGAUAUUAACUCAUACCACAUCAACUUCUCAUCUUUUUUUGUCGAUAUUUGUUAUGAAAACCUGGGAGACAAUGGACUGGGAUAUUUAACACUUUUAUGUGUGGGAUUUAAUGACCUGUCUGUUCAUCUGACUGAAAGCCACUCCUACUUUUUAUUCUCACUUUUGUUCUUACCUCUCUCUUUCUCUGGAACACAGGACCACUUAGCAGCUGGUAGUGGAUGUGUUUGGCAUUGCAGUGAUCAUGACAGACUCUUAUGUACUUGCGCAUUACAUUAUAGCUGGAAAUCUCAGACUCAACCUCUAGACGGAGCCAAAGCUUCCAUCUUGUGUGCUGAUCUUUAUCACUCCAUCCAGCAUGUUCUCAGCUCAGUGAUGUGAGUGGUUAAUUGUUCAGGUAUUUUUGGGAGCAAGUAUUUUGUUUUAUACAUGUAUUUUUUUUUUUAAUACGUGCUUACUACUUCAACCAGUCCCUCCAGGAUGUUAUUUUUUUUGGUGAUAUUUGCGGACAAAAAAAUAUUGAAUGGCAGUAUGCAACAAUUUUGUUCAAUUUGUCGCGAAAAUGCGCCGACGAGGGAAACAUUUGUUGACGUGUAGAUUGAUUGAACCAUAUUAUGCUGUGAUUGGUUAAUUUGCGCACCCUCUUUUUGUACUGCCGUGAUGGAUCCGUUUUUUGCGGUAAUAUUGCAAUGAUUUGACUUUUUUAUGCAGAAAUCGUGUGGUGAUUGGUCAAAUUUGCAAGCCCUCGCAAAAUAUGUGGCGAAAUUUUGGAUUGCACACAAAAAAAAUGCAAUGACAGAAUCGUGGAGGGGCUUUUUAACUUUCGAUUGGCUUCACUCAUAGGCUUAAGACAGCACACAGUACCUCUUUAGCCGCACAACUACUGGUAGUAGGAGAAAUUCCACUGCAGUCUUUAGUUGUGUUCAUGAAUCACAAUCAUGAAAUUGGAUAACUCACGCUAAGCAAUUGAAACAUUUCUGAAAGAAGGAAUACUUGUGGUUUUUCAGUGGUUUUUGGUCUAACAUACAUCUUGUCAAUGCAAUCCACACCUAGUGUGAUUUGUUCUUCUCCUAAUAGACUGAAGCUACUAAGACUUAACGUAGCUAUAUUGGGUGUGUUAAUUAUAUUACAAUUCUUGUUUAUUUGAAAUGAUAUUUACUCAAUGUUUAUUUACUUACUUAUUUAUCAUCAUUGAUGUCAGCAUGGAUUUAUUAAUUCAGCACUAAGUUAAAUGAGCCACUUGACUUUAUGUAUUGCAACUGCAACAACAAAUCGGGAAAACAAUUGUUGACUAAAUGUUCCUUAAGGCCGUAAUGUGGGCCAUUUUACCCAGAAGUGCCUUACCUGAUGCAAAAAGAGGUAUGGAAAGAUACCCAUGGAAUUAUUAAACAAAUCCACAUUUUUAUUAAAAGAUAUGAAGGACAAAUCUCAAAUGAUACCUACUUAUUCCCUAUAUAGUGUACUAUAGUGCAGGGGUACUCGACUACUAUUUAAGAAGGUCCGGUCACAUACAUUUCCUCUGUGGCGAUGGUCCGGAUGGAUAUUGUAAUUUGUCGUAACAAACCCCAACAUUGCGACCCCCAAGCUGUUCAAACUGUUUACACCCCUCUUUUUGCCGGAUAUAAAAAUAAAGUUGCCAUUUUUUUAAACUAAUUUCCUGCAAUUCUACACAUUUUGACAUGUCUUAUGUGUGUUCAUAUGAUACCCGAGUGGCUCAACAAAAUCAGUUGGGGUUCCCUUGGGAUGGAGGCCCCUGUGCAUGUAAUCUGGCCACGAUAACUACAAGAAGUAGGUAGCUGGUUAGCCUAAAUUUCCUUUCUAGUUGACAUCUGCUAGUGGUAAUGAACUGGACAUUUUUCUGACAGGUUAGAAAUAGCUCUCUAAGGUCUGUCAGUGGAGGAAGGAAAACUGUCCAUACACAACCAAAUUUCAACAUAUUACCUUGUGCAUUCUACUAUUAUAACUCUCAACAGCAGUAAGUUUAAUUUCCCCAAAAAGAAAUACUAUUUAUUUAUUUAGUCAGGACCUGCGGUCCGUAUUGACCCCGUUCUGGGUCCGGAUCCAGAACUGCCAGUUGAGUAUGGCUGCUAUAGGGCGUAAGGUGGCAUUUGAGAUCUAGCCUAAGUGUACUUUAAGAUUGAUAUCUUAUGCAAGGAGAUUGUGGGUGAAUGGAGUGCUGCAUUGAUCCCUGAUCGCUUAGCCUAGUGCUAUGGCUGUUGCGUUUAGGGGGACGUUGGACACACACACACACACACACACACACACACACACACACACAGGAGUUUACGUGCUUGAGGACUGAGGAUCUCUGGAUCACUUCAAUUUAAAUAGGGAUAUGAGAUUUAAUUUAUACCUUUUUAUAUCCCAUGGCCACAGUUCAUAACAUGUUUUCUAAGUACAUUGACAACAGUCAGUCUUCUUUAAACAAGACUGGGUGAAUCACAAUAUGUAAACCUAUUGAUUUUGAACAGGGUCCAAAGUAGUGCACUAUAUAGAGUACCAUUCGGGAUGCAGACAUAUUUUUGCGCCAGGGAGUUGAAUAAAUAUGAGAUUGUUUUUCCUGAGUUAUAUUAGCGUUAUUUACGGUUUGCUUAGUCAUCUGGUAUUCCAGGCAUGUCCCUACAUUGUAAAACAUGUUUUAUUGUAUGUUAUUUGACAUGGUAUAUGACCGCAGCAAAACUGAUAAGUGACCAUUCACCUGGUUUGCUUAAUAUCUUUCUGGCAGGUCAUAGAAUGACGCGGCGCUCCUCUAUCACCGUACAUCAUAAAGUGUGAUGUUCUGCUAGCUGCCCAGACGUUCUGUCUGUUUGGGACACAGUACUCUGGAUGCAUCUCUAUGUUGAGAACUACUUUUUAAAAUCAAUAUGCUGGAUCCAACUGGAUUCUAUUAUAAUGCUGUUCAUUCCAAGUGGCCUUUAUAUCAUCAAAAAAUGAGUUAUUAAUUCAAGAUAUUUUUAGGAACUGUCCAUAAAAUGGAAUAGAUUGGAUGAAACUGAGUUUAUAAUCAUAUUAAUGUACCAUUUUUCUAGUACCAUUCUGGAAAAGUAUUUAAUGUGUAAUGUUUAAUUUCUGAAUAAUAAUACAAAGUAAAACUUUUAAGUAUUGUA